CUGGAGUUUUAUAAAGAGGACCAGAGGCUGGCAGUGAGAAGAACUGGAGGUAAGAGUCCCGCCUGGCCCCACUCCACAGGCUCCUGGAAAUCUGGGGCCAGAGGGCACGGGCAGCCCCUGGAGCUCCUGUGCAGUGGGACCAUGAACUGGCAGCGGCUGUGGCUGGGCUUCCUCCUCCCGACGACGGUCUCAGGCCGGGCCCUGGGGCCUGCAGAGGAGGCAGCUGUGGAUUACCUCUUGCAAUAUGGGUAUCUACAGAAACCUCUGGAAGGACCUCAGGUCUUCAGGCCGGAAGAUAUCGCGGAGGCUCUGAGGGCUUUUCAGGAAGCAUCUGAGCUGCCAGUCUCAGGGCAGCUGGAUGAUGCCGUAAAGGCCCGUAUGAGGCAGCCUCGUUGUGGCCUGGAGGACCCCUUCAAUCAGAAGACCCUUAAAUACCUGCUGCUGGGCCGCUGGAGGAAGAAGCACCUGACCUUCCGCAUCUUGAACCUGCCCUCCACCCUCCCACCCCACAUAGCUCGGGAAGCUCUGCUUCAAGCCUUCCAGUACUGGAGUGAGGUGGUCCCCCUGACCUUCCAGGAGGUGCAGGCCGGCCGGGCUGACAUCCGCCUUUCCUUCCACGGCCGCCAGAGCCUCUACUGCUCCAAUGCCUUCGAUGGGCCUGGGAGAGUCCUGGCCCAUGCUGACAUCCCAGAGCUGGGCAGUGUGCACUUUGAUGAAGAUGAGCUCUGGACUGAGGGCACCUACCGGGGAGUGAACCUGCGCAUCAUCGCAGCCCACGAACUGGGCCACGCCCUGGGGCUCGGCCACUCCCGCUACACCAAGGCCCUCAUGGCUCCUGUCUAUGCUGGCUACCGACCCUACUUCCGGUUGCACCCGGACGAUGUGGCAGGGAUCCAGGCUCUCUACGGCAAGAAAAUUCCAGAGACAACAGAUGAGGAAGAAGAAGAGACAGAGCUGCCCACAGAGCCCGGUCCCAUGCCAAACCCCUGCAGUGGUGAACUGGACGCCGUGAUGCUGGGGCCCCGUGGGAAGACCUAUGCCUUCCGGGGGGACUACGUGUGGACCGUGACAGACUCAGGGCUGGGCCCCUUGUUCCGAGUGUCUGCUCUUUGGGAGGGGCUCCCGGGAAACCUGGAUGCUGCUGUCUACUCUCCUCGAACACAGAGGAUCCACUUCUUCAAGGGAGACAAGGUGUGGCGCUACAUUAAUUUCAAGAUGGCUCCUGGCUUCCCCAAGAAGCUGAAUCGGAUCGAGCCUAACCUGGAUGCUGCUCUCUUUUGGCCUCUCAACCAAAAGGUGUUCCUCUUUAAGGGCUCCGGGUACUGGCAGUGGGACGAGCUGGCCCCGACGGACUUCAGCCGCUACCCCAAACCAAUCAAGGGGCUGUUUACGGGAGUGCCAGACCAACCCUCGGCAGCUGUGAGUUGGCGUGAUGGCCACGUCUACUUCUUCAAGGGUGGAGAGUACUGGCGUCUCAACCGGCAGCUUCGCGUAGAGAAAGGCUAUCCCAGAAGUGUCGCCCAGGACUGGAUGCACUGUCGCCCCCAGACCCCAGAACCUAUGCCGCCAGGUGAGGGCACCACUCGCUCCAUCAUGGGCACGGCCCUGGCGACCACUGCUUCAGCUGUAGACACCGAUGCGGUCUCGGACAGGACGCCCUCAGCAGCAGACGCGACCACCCUUUCGUUUUCUCCCAGUGUCAUCCAGUGAUCUAAGGCCAAAUCAAAUGUUUACUCACUGAACUGUGCGGGCACUGCAUCAGGAGCGUGAACCACGGAUCUCUGUUCUAGUUCCACUUCCAGCCACUACUCUCCCGUGGCCCUUGCCCUCCUUGGAAGUGCCUCCCUAACUUUGAUUCAAGCCCCGAACUCCAGCCAUUUCCCACUCUCCCAUCCCAGAGAGCACUUCCAGUUGUGUCAUCUACUCUCUGGAAGAUGAUGACGGAGGGGAGCAUCAGCCAGGCUGCCAGCUGACACAAGGGAACAGCUUGGGAGGGUGAGCGCCUGCUUUCCCCUCCAUACAGUGUGAGAAAGGGCACAGCCUGUCAAAUGAGCCAGGGCUUUGGAGGCCUUGUGAAUUGCAUUUGCUUGCUUCUGACUCUGGGCAGGCUAAUUAACCUCCUUGAACUUUGGAUUCCCCAGUCCUGCAGGGCAGUUGCAGUAAAUGAAAGACUGUAAGUGAGGUGCCUGGCAGAGCGUUUGGCACAUUUGUGUUUAAUAAAGGCAAACUCCGUGUUGACAAGG